AUUGGAACCUAACAAACUCCAACCGAUAGUUGCGUUACAUUCAUGUCAGGAACUACUCGCCCAGUUAAGUGUUCCACUGCUCUACAAAGAUUAAAACAGGAUUACCUGCGACUGUCACGAGAUCCUGUACCUUUUGUAACUGCAGAACCACUUCCAACAAAUCUUUUCGAGUGGCACUAUGUAAUUAAAGGACCUUCUGAUUCGCCGUACAAAGGGGGUUAUUAUCAUGGCAAACUUGUAUUCCCCAAAGACUUUCCAUUCCGUCCUCCUGCCAUAUAUAUGAUAACACCGAAUGGUAGGUUCGCCUGCAAUACCAGACUUUGUUUAUCAAUCAGUGAUUUCCAUCCGGACACGUGGAAUCCCGCUUGGUCCGUCUCUUCUAUUCUUACAGGCUUGUUAAGUUUCAUGUUGGAAAAUACUUGUACUAUGGGCAGCAUUGUAACAUCAGUAAAUAUGAAGAAACAGUUAGCUAGAAGCAGUGGGGAUUUCAACCUAAAGUCGGAGGUAUUCUGUGAGUUAUUCCCUCAAAUUGUAGAGGUAGGUUUAAAGUCAGACGCCGAAAUACGUGAAAAUCUAAGAGUGGAAGAGCUUAAAAAUCAAUUACAAAAUUCCUUGAAUCGUGGUCGAUCACAGACGGCGACGUCAUCAACAGCAGAUGAAAAUACAAAUAAUGCUGGAGUAAAUAAUGCUGAAAAUAGAAAUGAAUGGUAUAUUCCAAAAUUAUUUGUCAUUGUUGUAUUCAGCAUAUUCGCCUUUCUUGUACAACUUGUUAUGCGUUUUCUUGAACCACCGGUUUAAUGAAUAGCACUCUCCUCCUUUAUCUUCUUCUUCUUUUGUUGUUGUUGUUGUUGUUAUCGUUGUGACAAACUUUAUACAUCCUUAUUAGCUUGUACUUAUACGUGAUGAAUACCUUUCUUUUCCUAAUUUUUCCACAAGUUUAUUACGAAUAUUAAGCUUAAGACUACUUAUAUAUGCAUUUAUAUAUAUAUAUAUAUAUAUAUAUAUAUAUAAAUGAAUAUAUAAGUAGUCUGUUGCGGUUAUUGAACAAACGUCAAAGGUUAAAUUAUUCUAUUGUAUAUUGUAACCAAUAAUGUUGGUUGGACUACUCUUCAAAUCUUUCA